AACGACUCAAUAAAGUUUAUUCAAAUAAACACCGCGACGUCACGGCACACAAUGGCAGCCAGUGGUACAGCUGUGACGGUCCUCACUCCAAAUGGGAGAAGACAAACUAUUAAAGUGUCUCCAAACACACCUUUAUUACAGGUGCUGGAGGAUGUGUGCAAAAAACACGGAUUCAACCCGGACGACCACGGUUUGAAGUUUCAGAGGACUAAUGUUGACCUCACGCUGCCAUGGAGGUUUGCCAACCUGCCCAACAACGCUAAACUGGAGAUGGUGACGGGUACGAGGAAACAGGCUGUAGCUGACAGCCAGGUGCGGAUUGCACUACAGAUGGAGGACGGCUCCCGGCUCCAGGGUUCCUUCUCGUGUGGACAGAGUCUGUGGGAACUGCUCGCGCAUUUCCCCCAGAUCAGUGUGUCGGAGCUGUCUGAGUCAGGAUCCACCCCUGUGUGUGUUUACAUGAGAGACGAGGUGAGUGGGGAAGAAGCACUGAAGAAGGCCACUCUGAAGUCUCUGGGUCUUACAGGAGGAAGUGCCAUUGUCAGGUUUUUACUCAAAAACAACAAAGCACAGGGAGAGCAACAUGGCGGGGAAGCCACUGAAACAGCUGCUAUGCCAAUCACACCUGUUGUUGUCAAGGAAACCAUACCUAGCCCAUCAUCUCAGCCUGAUCCUGCUCCGUCACAUCCGGAGGCGUCAACAACAGAGGUGCCAAUUAAAGAUUCAAGCCCUCAUAGGCCAACAGAAACCCAGGUUGCGCCACCUCCCGCCCCGUCUACAAGCUCACUUCCUGUUCAACAAGAAAAGGUUCCAAACUCCCAGGAUGCAGUUCGGCCAAAGUUUCCUCUCGUGGAGAGAGGAAUGCCAGAGGAGGAUGGUGAGAAAGCAGGGCCAUCAGGACUCAGCUCUGACCCGUCCUCUUCCUCCUCCGCUGCUCCCUCUGUUCCUUUCAUUCCCUUCUCUGGAGGUGGUCAGCGCCUUGGGGGUCCCGGGGGUGUAGCAGGACGCUCACUGUCUUCAUCCUCAUCGUCCUCGUCUCUGUCAGCUCUGACUGCUCCAGUCGAAUCACCCAAAGCCAAGAAAGCCAAAUCCAGCCACGGUUCUAACGCCAAGCAUCAAACCACUGCUAACCGGCUAGGCGAGGACAUGGAGCAGGGAGAGCAGUUCUUGGAGCCAGUAGAGAGGGAGCCUCUCAUCUACCACCUGGACACGGUGUCCCGUCGAUCUGAGGACCACGGGAAUCUACCCGACGAGUUCUUUGAGGUGACGGUGGAUGACGUGCGCAAGCGCUUCGCCCAGCUGAAGAGCGAGAGGAAGUCUUUGGAGGAGGCCCCACUGAUGACUAAAUCUCUGAAAGAAGCUCAGAUAAAGGAGAAGAUGGAAAGAUAUCCCAAAGUGGUCCUGAGGGUCCAGUUUCCUGACAGACGUGUUCUCCAGGGCUUCUUCAGGCCUCUGGAGACAGUUGGUGCCUUGAGGCAUUUUGUGAGGAGUCACCUGGAGGAUCCUCAGCUCAGUUUCUACCUGUUCAUCACCCCUCCAAAAACCAUCCUGGACGACCCUUCAGCCACACUGUUUCAGGCCGACCUGUUCCCUGGUGCACUGGUGUACUUCGGCUCCAACGUUAAGACAGAUUUUUACAUAAAGAGGGAGCUGGUUGAAUCCUCUGUUUCAGCCAUGGAAGCAAAUGAGUCCAUUGCGAGCUGCAUGCUCCGAUCCCCGUCACCCUCCUACAGCUCUGCAGGCUCUGAGGAGCCGCUGCCUCCUUCAGAGCCGAGUCUGGACACCAGUGGGUCCACGCAGGAUGAGCAAGACCCGUCUGAACACACCCAUUCUGCUAAACCUACCAAAUCUGACCCGGGCAAAGUGCCCAAAUGGUUCAAGCUCCCAGGUAAGAAAUAAGCCUGCUGCUGCUGUGUGUUGAUGGGAGGACUUACCGUGACAGACGUCUGACAAGCUGCUUGCAGACGCAGUAGAGCACUUAAACCUUUGCAGUGCUUUGAUAAAGGUUCAACUUUGUGACUGCAGCGGACUUAAGCCACAGUGGAAGAAGCCUGCGCUUGACUAGGUUUUAAAACGGUCAAAAUAAUGAUAUAAAUGACUGAUUUGAUUAGUGAAUAUUUAAUCACUAGGAAGAUGUUUCAUUCCGGUUUGAGGAGAGAGUGCUGAAGAGGCUGUUUUUAUUCAGCUGGUGAAAAUAUAAUGCGAAUAAAGAUGAUUGUACUAAAAAUGU